AUGUCUUCAUCAAAGGCCACCUGGGAUGUCGACGUUGUCGCGAACCCUGCAAACGAAAGAACUGAGCAGCACAACAAGAGUGUUCCCGAGGCUUCUUUCGCCGUGCAGAUCACCCUACGCACCUACAUCCUGGCUUCUUCAUUGUUGCUUGGUCCCUCUCUUCUCCCAGUUGCAACCGCACUUGUCAGGGAUCCUCAAGGUUUGAAGGACAGGCUAGGUGCUCUGAAGCUCGCACUAUCCAAGGAACUAUGCUCAAGGGGCUUGCCGUUUGCCCUUGCCGUCGCCGUUGGGGGUGGCCAGUGUCUAAAACUUUUGUGGGAAACCCUGAAGAAGCAACCCAAGUCUUCUGCGCCCGCCAGUCGGCGUUCCUCUCAUUCUCUCCCCUUGUUGUUCAAACAUACCCUUAGGGGUUCCAUCCAAGCUCUCGACUCUAAACUCACUGCGUACCAGAAAGUAUUCGCGAUGAAUGCAAUGGCCUCUGGUGUAGGUGCAGCCGUCCUACACCGGAGGGAUCGGUCGUAUUCAUCGUCGCACCGGCGUUCCGGUACGAAGUCCUCCACUCUAGACUUGACCCUGUGGUUGCUUGUUCAUGCACUGGACGCACUCGUACAGUCAAGAUUGCUGUCGGGGAAGAAUAAAGCCACUUCUCGCUGUGUGAGUGCUCCUACGCGAGAUGUGCAGACUCGAGGUCCUUCCUCAGAAGGGGAGCCGAGCAACGAUAUCGCUACCUCUGAGAUUCUUUCCAAGGAGCGCAUAAGAGUCAAUGCAUGGUUUGACAGUUUGCUCUUCUGGGCAUGUAGCGCAAGGAUUAUGUGGUGCUUCUUCUACGAACCGCAAAGAUUGCCGCGUUCCUAUGUCAGAUGGAUAGACAGACUUGCUCGCGUCGAUUGGCGACUUUUAGAACUCUUACGUGCAGUGAGACAAGGGAAUUGGUCAUAUAUUCACGGGUCAGACCAACAUGGGCUCGCCUCAACCUUGGCCUCUGACCUUGGGUAUCCUACGUCCUGGGGUAAUCCCGAACUUCUCCCAGCCCACGGUGGACAAACAGCUAGUAGAGCGUGGGCGGCGCUCGGAGUGAAUGGCAGAGAUAGUGUCGGCGGUUUACCAUGCCAGCUCGUCCAUGGCCGGGCGGUUGCUUGGUUUGGUCUUGCAGACAGCUGUGUUGCCAAUGCGAUAUUCAGGGCUGUUCACGCAUUGAUGGAGGCAUUCGUCAUAUAUCUUCCCGUAUAUUUCACUCCCCUUCUACUUACCCAGCCGAGAUCAUUUCUACGUCCUGGCUGCUUUAUCCCUCGUGUUGCCUCUGCUAUGCGCAGUGCAGCCUUCCUCUCCGCAUUUAUAUCCUCUUACUGGUUCGCAGUCUGUAUGACACGGACGUUAGUUCUUGCGCGACUACUCCCCAAUAUAUCCCACGAUACAUGGGAUGGACCGUAUGGUGGUGCCUUCGCUGGUUCACUCGUGUGCGGCACUAGUAUAUUCAUCGAAAGUGCCAAGAGAAGGGGCGACAUGGCUUUAUACGUCUUACCGAAAGGUUUAAGGGCUUCUAUACCCAAUAACUGGAUCAAGUCUCCCGCCGCCAAGUUUGUAGAAUGUGCAAUAUUCACGUUUUCGAUGGCAGCUCUUUCGACAACUGCGGUAUACAGGCCAGAUGCCUUAAGAGGCCUUGCAGGGUGGAUGGCAGCUUUCAUCAUGAAGGGACUCAAUGCCACUGCCUGGAGGAAGCGCAAACAGAGUACCACUGAUGACCCUAGAACGGAUGUCCAGCAGCCUCGGAAUGUUCACCGAAACUAA